CAUAUAAAACAUAUGUAAAUGUAACAGCCCUAUGUUGUUCAGUAUUAGUAUCAAGCUAAACCUCGUACAAUGAACAUGCUACCAUUGGUGUUAAUUCUUUUAAAUUUCAAUUAUAUUAUAUGCGACUCCGAUGGCGGAAAAGCCCCAAGGAUACCUUUGAAUGAUGGAAAUUUCAUGCCUGCUAUUGGAUUAGGGACGAUUGGCUUUGACGAAAACGGACAUGAACAAGACGAAGAAGUGGAGAAUCCUGUGACUUGGGCGCUCAAUGCUGGAUAUAGAAUGAUAGACACAGCCUCCGGCUAUGAAAAUGAAGAAGAUGUUGGAAAAGGGAUCCUCAAAUCAAAUGUACCCAGGGAACAGAUCUUCAUUACUACUAAGCUCGGUUUGGACGAACAAAGAGAUGUUGUACACGCUUUACAAGGUUCCCUGACACGUCUGAACACUUCUUAUGUAGAUUUGUAUCUGAUAAGCAAUCCAAUUGCAUUGAAGCCGAACGACACUAGCUUUGAUAUUAUAGACUAUUUAGACACUUGGAAGGGCAUGGAGGAAGCAAAACGCCUCGGACUCGCAAAGUCCAUAGGUGUUGCUAACUUCAACAUAAGUCAGAUGGAGCGUCUACUAUCGAAUUGUGAGAUACGACCAGCUGUUUUGCAGGUUGAGGUGAACCUAAAUUUGGCCCAAAAUGAAAUCCUUGAAUUUACAAAACGGGAAAAUAUCGCUUUAAUGGCUUUCAUGCCAUUUGGCUCGAUAUUUGACAAGUCUGCUGUACCACCUCCACCCAGGGUUGAUGACGUUACAAUGGUGGAACUGGCUGAGAAAUAUAAGAAGACAGUACCCCAAAUUGUGCUUCGCUAUUUGGUACAACGAGGUAUUUCGCCCAUACCACAGUCAAUGGGUAAAGAGAAGAACGAAGAAAAUAUCAACAUAUUUGACUUUGAACUGUCCGAAUCGGAUAUGGUUACUUUGAGUCAAUUCAAUAAAAACUAUCGCGUUGUUUUGCCUAGUUUCUGGCAGGACCAUCCUUAUUACCCCUUUGAAAGGAAAGAGAAUCCAGAUCAUUAAGCACCAAUAUCUGAAUUAAUUCAGUUAAUCUGUCUAUACAGAGACGGUCUUUGUUGUAGAAGUUUAAAGUUAGUUUAUUUCAUGUAUGGGUUUUCAUAUUUCGUUUUCAUAUACGAUAUAUGAGUAUCCCAUUACAUUUUAAUAAAUGGUUUAGAAAUAACAAUGUCAAUGUUGGAUUUGGGUAAAAUAAAGAUAAAAAAUA